AUGGGAAAGCAAGUAAACACAAAGGAGUUGCGAUUUGUGUAUUAUGUUGAAUUCCUAGUUAUUUCAUAGAAAAUUGUUCAUUAUUUUAUUGUUUAAGCUUGUUCAAAUUAUAUAGAAGUCUAAUUAGAAAUGGACAACUUAAACUAUGAAGGCAAAUGGUGUUUUCACUAUUUGUACUUCACUGAUGAAACAGAAUUAGUAGUAGGAGUGGAAUGUGAGAAUUAGCUUGAAACUAAAACUUUCUAAAGUGAUCGUAAUUGUUUUUAAGACUUAAUACUUAUUCAUGGAUAGAAUACUUAAGUAAUUUAUGUGAAUUUAUAUUAGAUGCUAAAGGCUAGCACGGAAUAAAAUCUAAUGUUGAUUAAUUAUCCUGGCAAGGUGAAAUUAUAUUAAUUAACUAAUAUAUUGCUUUUAACAGAAUAUAAGGAGGAUUUUCUUUUAGGAAUAAAUGAAAAACUCAGUUUUAAUCCAUUAAUUUCGUAUUUACAAUACUCAUCCUUUAAUAAAAAUAAUAUUAUUAGUUAAUUUUAUUAUAAUAGAAGCUAUGAUAUUAAGUUUUGGUCCAAAAUAAACAUUAAAGAGGUUAAUUAAUAAUAAAUAAGUAUUCUAAAGAUUAAACCUCAUAAUUUCUAAUAGAACCUAAAUAUCUUUUUAUUAACUUAUAUAAAGAAUUAAGAAUAAUGGUCUUAUUCUAUUGAAUAUUACACAUAUAAUUACCCUUAUGUAUAUAAUGAAAAUUUAAUAAAUACAUUUAAAAAAAGCUUCGCUUAAAACAUAGAAGAAGAACUUAUUACAUAAUGGCAUCUCAUAGAAAUAACUUAUGUUAUGAAUAUUUUAGUUUUUAAAUUAACUAGUUUUAUGUCAAACUUAAAAUACAAUUUAAAAUUCUAAGAAAUUUAUUAAUUUUCAGAUAUCCUUUUAGAGUUUUAAUUUGGCUUUAGUGAUACUUAAAAAAUAAAUUAUGAAGGUGAAAUAGCAUAAUUCAAUUAUUUCAAUUUUUUAAGUCCUAUCAAUCAGAUGAACGAUUUAGAAAGACAAUAAAAUUGCCAUCAUUCUUGUUUUAAUUGUUGGGGUCCUUUUAAUAAUCACUGUUUAUCUUGUCUAGAAUCAGAUAAUCGGAUUUAUGAUUAGAAAACAAAUUCAUGUCAAUGUAAACUAUGGUAUGUGGAGGAUAAUUAAUCGAAAUGCUAUGGAUCUGCUGAUAUGAACCUUAAAUAGACUUUCAAUUAUUUACCUGAUAACAAUAUAUAUGAAUCUGAAGAUUCAGAAGUAAUUUGUGCUAUUGGUUAUUUUAAGUAUAAAGAUACUUGCAUAUAAUGGUAUUUAUUGUAAAUGUAACUUAGUCCUUCGGCUUCAUAAAAGGGAAUGUUAAAUUGUUUAGCAUGCAUAUAAGAUCCUGAUUAAUGGAUCUAUAAAGGUAUUUGUGAGGAAUAGUAUCUUCAAUUUAAAGGUUCUUAGAAUAAUGUGUAUUAUAGUACUUUAAAUGAAAAAGUAUAGACAACUUAAUUUUUUGUUGUCAACGAAGAAGUAGUUGGUUGUGAUGGAUGCGAUCGUUGUACAGAUCAAGAUAUUUAUGAAAGGUAUAUUGAUUGCAUUUUAUACCCUGAUAAACACUUGGAUUAAGAUGUAUAUAUUACUUGUUAUUUUGGUGUCUUUUAGAAAGAUGUAAAAAAAUGUCUUGAAGUUUAAUAAGAAAAUCACAAUGGUAAGUCUUAAUGCUCAACAACUUGUGGGUAUUGCCUGUUUAAACAAUGUUUGUAUUGCAAAGAUUCUUAAAAAUAUUUCAUGGAUGUUUAAAACAAUUGCAGAACAUGUGAUCUAUAAAACUGCAAAUAUUGCUUCUAAUAUAAUAUAUUUGAUAAGAACUAAGUUUCAGUUCAGUUAGAAGAUAUUACUCAGAAUCAAGAGGAUUAUGUUGUUGCUUGUUCAUUGUGUUUUCCAGGCUAUAUAUUUGAUUUUUCAAUUAACUAAUGUGUUGAAUAUACUCCUAGUAAUUAAUGUGUAAAUGGUUUCAUAUCUGAAGAAAACUAAUUUUUAUGUACUUCGACUCUCUUAUCCAAAGAUGAGAUCCAAAGAGACAUAGCUAUUCAGUUUAAUAAUUGUCAGCAUUAUUAUUCGAAUUGUUCAAAAUGCCUUUAAGAUUUUAAUGGAAAUAUCCAAUGUGUAGAAUGUGUUUAUGGAUACUUCUUGAAUUUUUUAAAUGGGAUCUGCUAACAAUGUUCUGCUCACUUUGAACACUCAGAGGUCUGUGUUAUGACGACUUCAUAAUAUGAUGAUUGGAAAUAUCAAGUCCAGAGUUUUUAUAUAAAUUUCAAACCCAAUAAGAUCCCUAUUCUUAUUUAAGGAAUUUAUUAUAUAUAAUGGUAUGAGAUAUUGAAAUGCGCUGAUGGCUACUUACAAAUUGGUAUGACUUGCAAUCAACUUUCAAAACAAGAUUGUCUUCAAUAUGAUAUACCCAGCUAAAUUUGUAUCACCUGUAAAACAAGUUCUGAUGUUAAUCCUAUUUUAUCCUACUUCAAUAAUUAAUGUUAAUAAUGUCCAUAUCCAUGUUAGGUAUGUUAAAAAAUCUCUUUAGAUUAAAUAUAAGCUAUUAAUCCUUACUUUAUAGUGAAUGAAAAAUCUAUAAAAUAAACGUACUUUUGUGUAUUCAAUUACAAUGAAGAUUAUACAUACAUUGAGUCCCAUACAGGAUAAAUUAAAGGAAGGGAUUCAUCUAAACGAAGAUAUAACCUACAAUUAGAACCCGAGAGUUUUCCAACCCUUCAAAAUCCUAAUAAAUAAUUUGAUGACCUAAAUAAUUAUUUAUAAAAAGUCAAACCUGACCUUUAUAUUUACAAGUUUAACAGUCAAUGUGAUUCACACCCUAUAAAUUAUAGAGAACAAAUAUUUUCUUUGAGAAAUCAGACAUUUCUUUACAAUGGAUAUAAUGACAGUUAACAUGAAAAGGAAUUCGAAAUUGUUAAUUAGUCCACUGUUAAUAUACAGAAUCUUAGAAUUUUUUAUCAAUCGAAUACAUUCUUCAUACAUUCCACAUUUGGGGUUUCAAUAUUUUUUAGCAAUAUCUCAAUUUCCAAUUUAGAGUUAAAAAAAACAAUUUUUUAAAUUGAAUAAGCAACUAAUGUUUAUAUUAAUACAAUUUUGUUAUCUAAUAUAACACUAUUAAAUUCACAUCUAUUUUCAUUUAAUCAUUAUCAAAGCUAAUCAACCAAAAAACUUUACAUCCACAUAGAUAAUAUCAUAUUGGUUGAUAGUAAUUUAACAAAUUCAUCAAUCAUAUCCUUUAAUACAUUAAGUGAUUCAGAAUUCGCAUCCCAAACAGUAAAUUAGAUCACAGUGAUCAAUACCUACUUCUAGAAUUCUUCAAUUAUAACAAUUGAUUCUAUAACUUUUAAUUCAUACUAUUCAGCUGAAAGGAUUACAUUUGAGAAUUCUACUAUCUUAAAAAGUGCUCUAUUUAAAAUUCCGAUUUCUAAAAUAGUCUUUAUAUCAAAAUUAGAUAUCGUUGAAUGUAAAAUUUCUGAUAGCAUUGUCAUAAGUGUUGCUUCAUCAUUUUCAAUUUAAAAUGUUACCAUUCACAAUAGUGCAUUUGUAAAAAGUAGCUUAAUCAUAUUCAACCAAUAAUUUGCAAAAAAUGGAUUUAAUCAUUCAAUUUCUAAUUUAACAUUAAAUACAUUAGAUUUUUGUGGAGGAGAUUUCAUUUCUAUUAAGAAUGAUAAAGACCAAUAAGGAUUUAUAAAAUUGCAAGAUUUGGAGGUAAAAAACAUAUCAUCUUCUUGUUAAAACUCAUGCAAUACAAGUUAAUGUAUAUUUACAUAUAGCAGCCAUACUAUUUUAAUUGAAAAUGUACAAAUUAAGAAUAUCUAUGCUUUGUAGUAUUUUUGCCUGUAAAAAUUUACUAAAAUAACAAUUAAUAAUUCAAUCAUAUAAGGAAAUAACUUAUUUUCUAAUUCUUUAAUGCCAUCUUAGAUUAAAUAGCUCAAAACAUCAAUAAAUACAAGGUUGCAAAGUUGUGGAGUAUUCUAUAUUCAAGAUUUUGUGACUAUUGAAUUCAAUAAUGUUUAAAUCGAAAAACAUUUUAUUUUAAAUUCAGCACUUAUUUUGUUGAUUUCAAAAGGACAAGCCCAAAACAAUUAGAAAAUAAAUAUCAACUCUUUGUAACUUUAUAACAAUUAUUUGAUCAAAACAGAAAGUACUUAGUUUGCCAGUCUAUUAUAUAUAUACUCAGAGUAUUUUUGUGAGACAGUUAUUAACCAAUCUUCAUUUAAGAAUAACUUGAUCCUUCAUUUCUUAGAAGAUUAUUCAUUUAUAUCUCCUGGACUCAUUUAUAUCGAAGUUUAUUAAUAGAAUAUAUAUAUGGAUGGCAACAUUAUUUAUUAAAACACAAUUUUAAACACUACGAAUUCUCUUAUUUAUUUGAAUUCCAAUUAAGUGAAGAUAAAGGAAAUGAGAGUAUAAUAUAUUAAUUAUGACCCAAAUCAAUACAAUUAAGAUAUUUAUAGUAAAUCAAUCGGUGGAGUAAUAUAUGCGAAAACUGAAUUAUUUGUAAUUGAUAAUUCCGUUUUCUAAAAUUUGUAUGCUUAUUAAGCAUCUUGCUUCUUUUUGGAAUUAACUAGAUUAGGAAAUGUAGAUUUGAGUAAUAUUUAUAUUGAGAAUGCGACAAGUUGGUCAAAAUAAUAAGAUUACGCAAUUGGAGGAUGUUUAGGUGUUAAUUCAAUUAACUCAAAGCUAAAUUUAAAUUUGAAUAGCAUAAAAAUAAAAAAUUGUAAAAGUAAAAACUAAAAUGGCUUUUUGUAUUUGAUUCCAUCGACGAUUAGCAAUGAUGUAGUGUUAGAUGAUAUAAUAUUUACAAAUGUGUUUUCUUAGAGCAAAAUUUUGUUUGAGUUUGAUUUUUAAGGUAAUACUAAACUCAAUAACGUAAAAUUAUCAAAUAUCAUUAUUAACCUUGAUGAAAUUUAAUAUUACUAGAGCUUUGGUAAAAUUCUUGAAUAGACUAACUAAACCAGAAAUGGGAUUAUAUCAAUUUUUAAUAGGUAAUCUUUUAGUCUUAAAUUAGUAAUAUAUAAAUAAAAAAUCUAUAUUUUGAGGGGAUUGCCACUCAAAAGAUCUUGACUCUUCAAUUUUCCAAUGCAAUUUUGUUAAGCAAUCUGUACUUCAACUAAGUAAAUGCCUUUAGUGAUGAGCUUAUUGCAAUAUCAAAUAGAGGACUCAUCCUCUCUGAAAAUUCUUUCUUGAAAGAGAUUUUAAAUAUAGCUAUAACGAAUAUAACUAUUUAUAAAUCUUAGUUUUCAGAGAAGAAUAUUGAUAAUUUUGUAAGUAAUUCAUUUUUAAGCAUAAUUAUUGCAAAUAUCUAUUAAAAUUAAAAAGUAAAAUUAUUUUUAACUAAAAUAUACUUAAUUGAAAAUUAAUGCCAAACAUGUUUGUAAGGCUUAAUUUAUAUACAAUUAGAGCAAAAUGUUAAAAAGUGUCAAAUUUCCGAAUUUGUUCUAUAUGAUAAUUAUUGUGGAGAAUCUAAUUGUUUAUUUGUAAAUUAAAGUGUGAAUCUUGAAAUGAGAACUAGUAUGUUAAUUUAAAAUAUUGGUAAAACUAAUGGGACAAUGAAUUUAUAGAUCGAUUAAUUUGCAGGUAAGAAUCUAUUGUAUUUAAAUAAUAUUGGUACUUUUGGUGGAGGCCUUUAUUAUAAAUCCUCUAAUGAGUUAACAAACCUGAAAAAUAUCUAAUUCAUAAAUAACUCCGCUGAUUCGGGUGGAGCAAUGUACAUUGAAGAUACUAGAAUAUCUCCUUUUACUUUAUCAAAUCUUUUUUUUAUUGAUAAUAUGGCUAACAAUUUAAUCUCAAAUGUAAGGGAGUAACCUAGUCACUUAUAAUUAUCUCUAUUUGGGUUGAAGAUAAUGACAAUAAGGGAUGUAAAUUUAGGAUAACCAAAUUUAACAAAAUAUGAUAUUGAUAAUUUUAUUUAAAUUCCAAGUGGAUAGAAAAUUGGAAAUUAUGAAUUCUAGAUUUCAAAUUAGGUUAUUUUAAAUAAGUUCUACAAUAUAAAACUCAAGAUUUUACCAAUCAACACAUUAAAUGAAGUUUAAAUUGAAAAAGAAGAUGCUUUAUGUAUACUUGACUUAUCAGAUUAGAUCAACAAAGACAAUAUAAUUAUUCAUAAGGUUAUUUAAGAAGUACAAUAAAUAGCAUACAACACUAGUAGUCAAUCUUUUGAUCUUUCAAAUCAUUCAAUAGUAUUGGAUCCUUAUUCAAAAGAAAUAUUGUUUUAGAAAUUUAAGGUCAAAUGUGAUUGUAUAAGAAAUAGGAAUUACACUUUUUAAUUCAAUGCAAAGAGUUUUACAUGCAAGAUGGGGGAAUAUUAUUUUGAAUCUUAAUGUUUAUUAUGCGACUAUAAGAAAGGGUUUUAUUCGGUAGAAGUAAGAGCGUAGAAUUGUUAAAAGGUGGAUCCAAAGUUAAUCAAAUCCAAUACAAUAAAUAAUAUUGAACUGUAUCCUGGAUAUUGGAGACCAAACAUUAGAAGUCAUUAUAUUUCUAAAUGCUAGAACAAAGUUAACAAUUGUUUAGGAGGUUGGUAGACUGGAGAUAUUUCUUGUAAAGAUGGGUCUAUUGGAGCUUUAUGCGAAGAAUGUGAUAUAUAUAAUUUUAGAGGAUUUGGAUAAUAUUUUAAAAAUAAGAAUUUUCAAUGUGAAAUUUGUAGUGAGUAUGCUGGGGAAAUCUUGUUUUCACUCUUUAUAAAUUCAAUGUAAUUAGUAUGAAUUAAUUUUAGCGCUAUUGUCUCAAUAUAUUUGACUGUCAUAAGUGUAAAUAGUGUCUUUAAGAGUUUUAAAUUACUGAAGCAAACUACUAAAUAUUAUAAGAUAAUCUUUUGCUGUAAUUUAGGUAACAGUAAUUAUGAUUUAUUAGAUCAAUCUGCGGCUCUUAUUAAAAUGAUCGUAAACUAUUGUUAGAUACUGGUUAGUAUUAAAUCAUUUCAAUCGGAUUUGUAUUUCAAUUUUAUUGAUAUUUUAAUGCCCAUAAGUAAUCCAAUAGGAAGUUCCACCUUUUCCUUUUAAUGCUAUUUUGCGAGUUCUUCAAAUAUAAAAAUAAUCUAUCUUAUGUAGAUCACGUACUUAAUAUUACCGGCAAUCUAUUAUCUAUUUUUUUUAACAAGUUAUUUGAUAUUAGUGAUUGGGCAUAAGAUGAUUCUGUCUUCAACCAUCUACUUUACAGCUUUAAUCUACUUGUUUUUUUAUACUCAACCUAACAUUAUAAAGUAAUUUGGAGGAUUGAUUGCAUAUAGAACAAUAUCGAUGAUUGAUUACAUCAACAUAAACACCUCAUUUUUAUAUUAUACUUAAGAGCAUUAAAAUUGGGUACGAUUUUUUAUUGGGCCAGUUCUAUUGAUUUUCGGAGGAAUUAUACCUUUGGUUCUAUUGGCGAUACUCUACAGAUUCAGAAAAUAUUUUCAUGUUGAGAGAACUCGAAAAAUAUGGGGAUAUUUAUUUAAUGAUUACAAAGAAAAUAGUUAUUAUUGGGAAAUAAUUAAGAUAUUUUAGCGAGAAGUAAUAAUGUUAUCGUUAAUAAUCAAUGAGGAAAGAGUAAUCUUGAAAAGUGUCCUCACGCUUCUAGUUUUGAUACUAUAUUUCUUUAGUUUCCUUUACUUCCAGCCCUACAACCUUUAAGCUUUAAAUCGAUUCGAAUAAGAAAGUAUUCUAUUAUGUGGAAUCAUUAUUAUUUUAAGUUCUCUUCAUUUUUAAUCUACCCUUACUGAAUAGGGAAACCUUGAUAUAGCCCUUUAGAUCCUAUAAAUUAUUUUUUCAUUAUACUUUAUUUACACUAUUGUAAAAAAAGUAGUUCUCGUCUAUUAUACUAAGUAUGAUGAAAGACUUGAUUCAAUAAGAAUGAAGAUUUUAUAGAAAUACCCACAGAUAAAAUACAUGUGUCCAGGGUUGAAGAAUAUUUUAGUUUUGAGGAGUGAAAGAAAGAAAAUUGCACUUUCUCGAUUUCAAUUGAUUAAAAAAGCGUUAAUUUAGAAAAGAAUAAACAAAAAAUAAAAAAUGAUCCAUUGCAAAUAGGUUUCUUAACCAAGUCCCUUAACAUUAGAAACUUGGUGA